AUGGCUCUUAAACGCAUUCAGAGGGAACUUAGUGACAUCAACAGAAACCCUCCAGUUGGAAUUAGCGCUGGACCUACUACCGAAGAAGAUUUGUUUAACUGGACAGGUACGAUAAUGGGACCUAAUAACAGUUCUUACAAAGGUGGUAUAUUUCGACUUAAAAUUGAAUUCUCUCAAGACUAUCCAUUUAAACCACCAAUUUAUCAUCCUAAUAUUGAUGAAGAUGGCUCUAUUUGUGUGAACUUGUUGAAAACGGACGUAUGGAAACCAGCAACAAAGAUUUCUCAAGUCCUUGAGGCUAUUGCUGAUCUCCUUGAGAGUCCAAAUCCUGAUGAUGCUUUAGUCGCGUCUGUUGCUGAAAUUUAUAAUACGAACAGAGUAAAGUUUACCAAGACAGCUAAGGAAUACGUGAAAAAAUAUGCUUCCUCAUAG